UUCGCGGGUACCUCGGCCGGGGUCUGCGGGAGAGGCCUGGAAAAGACAAUGGGCGCAUUCUCCAGGUUUCGCGCCUUGGGUGGGGACCCUCGGGAUAAUCUCCAAAGAACACUUUCCUAUCCCCUCCCCGGGUGAGCGACAUUGCCGCGUGGGUCAGGUACACGUCGCGUCGGUGACCCCGGCCAGGCUUUGUGGAGGGAUGGGGUUAGUGCUGCCCUCGCUGCGAAAAAAUGGAUUUUGUUUUGCCAGUUAUUAUGGUUACUGAUGUCGUCGUCAUCAUCCUCAUCCUCAUCGUCAUCAUCAUCCUUUUUAAUUAAAGUAAUCGUUCAGAAGCGAAGCGGCUUGUCCCUUUUAGCUUCUUUGGAGCGAUAACAAAGCAGCGCCGUUUCCCGCCGCCCCCCCCCCCCCCCCCGCUCUAUUUUUUAAGUUGCUGAGCUUGGGGUUGGGAGAGAAAAUGGAGAGAGGGACGGACACACAGACUCUGUCAUAAAGCAAAAAUUAACCCAACCUAAGAUACGGGAAUGAGUGAAUUCUCCCUUCUUCCCACCCCUCCCCCCAUUUCGAUUAGAAGAGGAGAAAGAAAAUCUCCCGCAUUGGACUGAAACUGCAGGGAAGAAUUAUUACUGAAUUUCUACCAAAGCUGGGGUAAAAAAAGAGUCCUUUGGAAUUAAUCCAAGGCUUCGAUGUGUAAUCAUAAACUGGACAAUUUCGGCAAAACAAAACCCUUAGGAGGAAAAAAAAAAAAAAGCAGCCUAAAUCUCACUACACUACACUCUGGGAAGCAGUAUUGGAUUUGUGUUUAUCCUUCCUCCCUUUGCCUUGUUUAUUGCUGCAAGGAAUUAACUAGAAUUCUCCUUUACUCUGCUAGUCUGAGCACUGAAAAAUUGAAAAUCAUUGUGUGGGGAUGGUUGAAAGGAAGACGAGGGCUGCCUGUGUCUCUUUCUUUCUUUCUUUCUUUCUUUCUUUCUUUCUUUCUUUCUUUCUCAAUAGGAAGAAAAGACGGGACCUAGAUAGAGCAAGAUAUCUCUCCCUCCCCUCCCCCAUUCUCUUGGAUCAGUGCUGUUCUGACUCCAUUUCUCUGAGAAAGUAGCUUUUGGAAUUGGGUUCUGGUUUCGCUUUGGGCUAGAGGUGGAUAUGGAGAGAAUGGGGGCCUUGGAGGUUCUGCCCCACAGAUCAGGGUCUGAAGACUGGAAUCCCCUUUUCCAACACACAUUUCCCACCCACCCGUGCUAGGCGUUGUGGCUGCUGCUUGGGCCUGACCGGGGUUCCCAAGCCAGCCAACCGCAUAGACAUGUCAGUGCUUAGAAAACAAACUCGGCUGGCCGCACUGAACCAGACAUCCCGGUUGGAGGGCCCGAAAAUGCUCUGGCAGUCUGUGGAGAGCUCGUUUUUUUUUUGUUGUUGUUGGAGUAAAUAGUUAUUCCUGAUUGGUCAGGUGUAGGGUUCUUUUUAAAGGGGGGCUGGGGGGAGGCUUCAAGCACCUGCAAGUUGGGGGCAGAAAGCUGUUUGCAAUUCCCUGGGCUGGUCGGCGGCGAGGACAUGAGGUAAUUCCCAGCCAUUGACCCCCAUUUCUCUCUCUCCCUCCCUCUCGCCCUCCCUCUUUCUCUCCACCCCCAUCUUUCCUGGAAACUCGCUUUGGGCGCGGCAGACUGCCCAGGACCACACCGUGGCCUAACUGCUGGUCUCUCAGCGAGAGAGGGGGAAAGCAAAGACCCCAGUCCACAACUUGGACCUUGGCUCCCGCCCCUCUCCGGCGGAGUGGAGAUCCUAUUCAGAGGGGCUUGUCUCUCUAAAUAUGCCCCAGGAUGACGGAGCGGCCGCCGAGCGAGGCGGCCCGCAGUGACCCCCCGCUAGAGGGACGGGACGCGGCCGAGGCCCGCAUGGCCCCUCCGCACCUGGUCCUGCUGAACGGCGUCGCCAAGGAGACGAGCCGCGCGGCCCCCGCGGAGCCCCCGGUCAUCGAGCUGGGCGCGCGCGGCGGUCCGGGGGGCGGCCCCGCCGGUGGGGGCGGCGCCGCGCGGGACUUAAAGGGCCGCGNGGCGGCGGCGGCCGAAGCGCGCCAUCGGGUGCCCACCACCGAGCUGUGCAGACCUCCGGGGCCCGCGCCCGCCUCGGCCCCCGCGGAGCUGCCCGGCGACGGCCGCAUGGUGCAGCUGAGCCCACCCGCGCUGGCGGCCCCCGCCGCCCCCGGUCGCGCGCUGCUCUACAGCCUCAGCCAGCCGCUGGCCUCGCUCGGCAGUGGGUUCUUUGGGGAGCCAGAUGCCUUCCCUAUGUUCGCCACCAACAACCGAGUGAAGAGGAGGCCCUCCCCUUAUGAGAUGGAGAUUACUGAUGGUCCUCACACCAAAGUCGUGCGACGCAUCUUCACCAACAGCCGAGAAAGAUGGCGGCAGCAGAAUGUGAACGGGGCCUUUGCUGAGCUCCGCAAGCUGAUCCCCACACAUCCCCCAGACAAGAAGCUCAGCAAGAAUGAGAUCCUCCGCUUGGCCAUGAAGUACAUCAACUUCCUGGCCAAGCUGCUCAAUGACCAGGAGGAGGAGGGUACCCAACGGGCCAAGCCUGGCAAGGACCCCGUGGUGGGGGCUGGUGGAGGAGGCGGUGGGGGAGGGGGCGGUGCACCUGCAGACGACCUGCUGCAGGACGUGCUCUCCCCCAACUCCAGCUGUGGCAGCUCUCUGGAUGGGGCCGCCAGCCCGGACAGCUACACAGAAGAGCCGGCACCCAAGCACACGGCCCGCAGCCUCCAUCCUGCCAUGCUGCCAGCCGCUGAUGGAGCAGGUCCUCGGUGAUGGGGCCAGGGCCACUCAGGACCGGCCAGGAGGGCAGCCUCAGGCUGCUGGGACCGUGGGCUUCGGGGCAGGUGGGGUGAGGAUUGGGCAGCUCUGAAGCAGGGCAGUGGACUUGAUGAGCCUUCCUUGAUGUCUGAACUUUGGGAAGUCUUAACUGCCCCGGCUGGCUUUCCUGUUUCCUGACUCAGUGGUAGAACAGAAAAAUGGAGCAAAGUGGUAGGUACUUUUUAUGAAGACGGCACGGUCUUCCCCUCCCCCAAAUCCCUAAGACUUUAAAGUAAAGAGCUCAACUGGCACUGCUUUUGGCCUGGAGCUUGGGACCCCCGUCUUUGCUGAGACUUGGGGUUGUCGGCUCUCCCCUGGGGCAUCCAGCAGCCUCUGCCUUGCCUUCAGCACCACCCCCCCCCCCCCCAAGCUGGCUGGAGUGGCUUGUGUGGCCACUCUGUCCAAAUAUGUAGGUACCUGGUAGCUGCCCAUUUCUGGGUGAGCCCCAUCUUCACCCAGGCCCAUGUUGGUCCACCCAGCUUGCCAGCUGCCGCAGAGAGUCACAAGCCUCGAGGUGCCUUCUUCAGGGCCUGGUUGAAGAAGAUGGCCAGUGGACAGCCUGCUCUUGACUAGCUGGGCCAGAGGGUCAGAAAACCCAGUAGCCCUUACUCUUGCCCCAGGAUCAAAGCUCUGCUUUCUCCCCACUGAGACUUGCCUUCCUAAUCCUUGUGGCUGUGGGGACCGAGUCCGUAGCUGGGAGCAUGCCCUGUUGGGCCUCAUGUGAAGGCAGAGAGAGGGAAAGUGAUUAGAAUGAGUUGAGCAAGAGCUGUUUAGGGCUGUGGGUUCACAUCCCGAUGGUGUCUCAGAGCUUCCUGCCUGUAUUCUGAGCUCCCCAUCACUGUACGGUGAACGAGUGCCAGUGUGCCGAUGGGCAUGUGCUUGUGCUGACAAUGGAUGCACAGCCCCAUCUGUGUGUCCUCGCAGAUGCUCAGAGGGACCUUCUCACCCCCAGGAAGUCUGUUUGCUGAUGGUCUGGUCUGUGUUCUGAACUCAAUUGAGCACAAACCCUGUCCUGUGAAUUUCUGGCAUUUGGGAUUUUUGCUUGACUUCAGUUACUGGUGGGAUCUUUAGGUCUUGAUAGGACCCAGGCGCCAGCCCCCUUCUGGGGCAUGGGAAAUCCAGAGACCAGAGACCAGGCCCUGGCUGAGACCCAGACAUAUGCACAAUCACUUAGCAGAAUCUUCAAUACCCCUCGGUUAUACAGCUUUCAGUCACCUAGGGUGUGUAUGGGAGGCUGGCUUACUGCAAUAAGAGUGUCCCCCUCCAAAAGUUGUACAUGAAAGUUUUGUAAAUCAAACCCUUAUCCUUCAUCUUUUGAAGAAUUACUACUGCAAGUCCUUUUGUAAAGUGAAGAAUUUUUUUGUAGAGUGGACCCACUGUCCUGUUGAUCUCUUGUGUCAAUCCACAUGGUGGGACAUGGUUUUCUUAAGGCCAGGCCUGCCUGUGACAUGCAUUCCAACCCCGUGGAACAGACUCCACCCAAGUCCUAUAUACCUGUCAUUGUACCCUCAAGUCACCGCAGCCAUCUCCCACCAGGCUCUGCCUUUGGGGUUAGAGGGAAAACAAUCCCUUGUGGUGAAGGACCUUGAGCACAGCCGAAUGCAGAUGGCAUGAUCCCUGCUCCCUCCCCUCCCUCUUAGGUUGUGGGGUCCAGUUUGUGAGUAAGGGGGGAACAUAGUAACCCUUAUAGUACCAUUCUUCAUCCAUUUAAGACCCCCAACAUCCUAUUUUGGUGAACUUAGGAUUGGUUUCAGUACUUGGAAGCUCCUGUGAGGAAUCCCAUCUGUCUAAAGAUGGAGCCCCUGUCCUAGGUCCUAAGACUCUACCUCCUGGCAGAGUAAUUUGACUUGGGAGUGAAAAGUGGCCACAGUAUGGAUGAGUGGAGACGAUUUAGGAGAUGAUCACACAUUCUGUCAGGAACUCCAGCUUCUGGCUUCCUCCUCUCUCAGACAAUAUGGAUGUUACCUCUCUCGAUGUCAGUUUCUCAUAAACACCCUGGUCUCCUAGAGCUGUGGUGUAGACUGAGUGGAAUCACGAAAGUAGCAUUUUGAAACCAGAAAGAACCCUUCUGCCCUCAAUAUCAUUGCUGCAGUGGGGUUUCUCACCCUGAGUGCGGGGCCUGGGCAGUGGGCCAGCCUGCCUGACUGCAUAGCAUUUGAGUAAUCUAGGUUCCAAACCACUUUUGCCUGGAUUAUCCCGAUUGUCCACAUUUCUCCAGAUUGACCUCAUUUUCGUUUCCUUCCAAGGGGAGGCACAGGAGUAAGAAUGGAAAAAGAUACGGGCGGAAUAUGUAAAACGUAAUACAGCUUCCCCAAACUGGCCUGGGUAGGGAAUGGUAAGGCUUCAUGUCUUUGCAAGACCUACAGAAGAUCCAAAAUUUUCAUUUUCAUGUCCAACUGCGCACCCCCCGCCCCACCCAGCAUACCCUUCUUCUUCCUCUGCCUCACCUGUAAAGAGAUGGCAACAUUCCAAGAAUCAUAUUUCUGCAAAGGGAAGGAAUGUAAAGGAAAAAAAGUGUGGAGAAGAGAGAUGAUUGUAAUGACCGGAGGGAUUCACGUCUUUUCAGGAAAAUUCACAUGCUUUUAUUGGUGGUGGCAACGACAAGAUGGUACAACCUUUAUCCUAUUCCGAAAACAGAACAGAGGGCACAGCAUCUGUAGUCAGCUGACAACUAUCUUGGCCUUUGGGGCUGGUCUGGUCUCGUACUUGUGAUUUCGAUGGUACGUGGCCGCCACCAAAGGCUUGCCCUUGCCCCUGUACAUAGCGCGUUGUCCCUGUGGGCGGGCCCAGCACUUUCCGUCAAUGUUGUACUGUACGUGAUGAGUUGUGUUGGUCUCCGCAUUUUUCUGCAGAAGGGGAGUAACCGCUCCGGGUACCUUGACCUUUGUACAGCCGGGAGGCCAACACUGUGGGCGUGACUCUUUAGUGACAAAACCCUUGUGGUGAUGAUGUGUGUAUAUAUAUAUAAGGAUAUAUUGGGAAGAUUUCUAAAUAAAAGUUUUACAAAGGG